AAACGACUAGCACCAAUCGAGAGCUAGACCAAACUUUUUGUCAUGCGGGUAGUUUGGACGACACCAACCAACACUAGCAUGAACCUCACAUUCAUGUGAGGUCGCUCUUCCUUCUUCACUUUUCGUCUUUUUCCUUUCCUUUCUUCAUCAUGAACCAACUCAAACCCAUUGUUGGUCGUCGCCUCACCAAGUGCUUUCCACCCGUCGUCGUUAUGCAAUCCCUUAUCUCAUUUGAUAAGUUUUUCUUUUCAGCUUUCAAAAUGGAUUCAUAUCUUAACCCCCAAAUCAACCACAAAUUAAAAAGAAAAAACGGUCCAGAAAAUCGAACUAGUUGAACAUCUUUAACGAUUUUCUCUGUAUAAUUUAGGUCGUUUUUAUACCUUAUAAGUCGAUUAAGUUGGUUUUCGACACCAAUUUUAUGAGUUGUGAGAGAAUUUAUGAUAUUCUUCUUUGUGUUUUUCAUCACUUGUUUGAGCACAUUUUUCAUUACUUGCAUCUUUUAUCUUUGUAUAAAAACAAAAGAAAAAAAUAGUAUUUAUUAAACGGAUAUAAUUGUUUCCGCUGCCGCUUCUCCAAUCCCCGCCACCAGCUUCUUUCUAUUCUCUCUUAUAAUCGCUUACUACCAAUUCCAUCUCCGGUCUUUCCUCUCUGCCGUCACCUUCAUCCUCGCCUCCACGCCGCCACCGCCGCAUCUCUUUCUCCUCUUCUUAUCUCACUAACACUCUCUGUUGCAACCUCACGCCGCCACUCCAACUCCGUUUUCCCUAUCUGUUCCGGUGGUCCUCUUCUCCACCAUUCUCAAUCUAUCCUACUCAUCGUCCACCCCAUUUCUCAGUGAUCAGUAUCGGCACGCACGGCUGACAACAUCACCUGGUUUUCUUCCAACACGUUCAUCCCCUUCCACUCUCGGUAAUUGAUGGAGGGUACCAUUGCUGAAGAACUUUAUUCCGAGAGUUUGCAGUCGACACAGUCAAAAUUGGGUGAUAUUUCAUUAUCUGAUUACAAAAAAGAUCGGCCAUCAGGUUCUGGUGUGGAUGACUCGUGCGAAGAUGAUGGAUCUCUAUGGGGUGGCUCUGAUGAAGGCUUGGAGGAAACAGCUGAUUUGGACAGGGAGUGGCAGAGAAGACAUGACCAAUUUCAUACGAUUGGAUACCGUGAUGGUUUAGUUGCUGGGAAAGAAGCUGCAGCUCAAGAGGGAUUUAAUAUUGGCUUCAAGCAGUCAGUCUCUGUUGGAUAUAAGUUGGGUCUUGUCAGAGGUGUUAGCAGUGUGCUUGCUUCCCUUCCUGCUGACUUGAAAGAGAAGCUAGCUGGAAUUCCCGAGAACCAAAGUAAAUUCCAAAGCUUGUAUGAAUCUGUGAACUCCCUUUCGACAGUAGAUGCGCUUAGUCUAUUCAAUGGGGAUAUUACGACACAACGCACAAAAGAAGUGUUUGUCGGUGCAAAUACAAAUUCGCAAACCAUAGAUUUGUUGAAGGAAAAUCCAGAUUAUGGUCGUCUAGGGAAGUUCUAUGAAGAGCUUGCAGCACUUUUACCACAAUCGCCUGCUCUGAAUGUUCAUUUACAUGAAGAACAUUAGAUUUUGCUGUAACUCAUAGCAUCAAUGCGACUUUUGUAGGCAGACAUUUGUUUUGUGGAAAUUUGGGCAUUGGCCAUGUUUCUGCUUGUUACAGCUAUGUAAAUAUUUACAAUUGAGAAUAGACAUAUUUUUCUUUAAAUUUGUCAUGUAUUUGUUUAGCAAACAACAUGAAAAUGAGGUACCUGAUGGGAAGGGUGUGAUUAUUAGAAUAUUUCUUUACCAAGAGGUUUUUCCAUAGAUGUGAAUUGAUGUA